AGGGUUUUCUCGUCGUCAACCGCGUCUGCUUGGAUUAGCUCUCCCUCCCUCCCUCUGUGACUUUGCUCCAGUGCCGCCUUGCAUUCUCCCGGGAGCUAACAACCAUGGCUGAGCAGACCGAGAAGGCCUUUCUGAAGCAACCCAAAGUGUUUCUAAGUUCUAAGAAACCUGGGAAGGGGAAGAGGCCCGGAAAGGGUGGGAACCGCUUCUGGAAGAGCAUCGGGUUAGGUUUCAAGACUCCCCGUGAAGCCAUCGAAGGAACUUACAUUGAUAAGAAAUGCCCCUUUACUGGAACUGUGUCAAUCAGGGGUCGUAUUUUGGCUGGUACCUGCCACAGUGCCAAGAUGGGGAGGACCAUCACUGUUAGAAGAAACUACCUUCAUUUUGUGAAAAAAUAUCAAAGGUACGAGAAAAGACAUUCGAACAUUCCAGCGCAUAUUUCACCAUGCUUCCGUGUCAAGGAAGGAGAUCAUGUUAUUAUUGGUCAAUGCAGGCCAUUGUCAAAGACUGUAAGGUUCAAUGUCUUGAAGGUGAUCCCUGCUGGAUCUUCUAGUGGCGGGAAGAAAGCUUUUACCGGAAUGUGAGGAGCUCGCUCCUGUUUUUUGCGGUAGCAUGGUGCAAUAGGUUAUGGGUUAGAGUUGUUUGCUAAAGUAAGAAGAGACCCUCCAAGUUUUGAACUGCAUUUAGAUUUUUUUGGAAAACGCGGACCAUGAGUUCUUAUCUUUUUCUCUUUCUCGUCUUUCCAAGUUUAAAUAUUGAUUUCGAGUACGGCCAAGCACAUUAUUUUAUGAAUAGAAUUGCAAUUCACUCAAUCAAUUAGAGUUAUUUAUUCCAUUGCA